AGCGUGAGCUCCUUUUGUUCGUCGAAAAAACAAACUUCACCAUUAACGAGAUAUAUAGAGAGAGAGGCGUAAACAAUUCGCCACAGCAUUGGCGCGGACAAUCUCGGGUUGCCAUCUCUUUGUAUAUUUUAUAAGACUUAAUGGGUUCGACUGGAGAGCCUGUUCCGGAGACAAGAUACACGAAGCCCCUGGGGAUACGGUUCGUUGAGUAUGUUAAAGGAUCGGCCAUCUCGUAUAAGGCUCAUCAAGCCAUUGUCCUGAUAAUAACAUUCUUCGCAUACUUGUCCUACCACGCUACAAGGAAAACCACCAGUGUGGUGAAAAGUGCACUUGAUCCACAAUCUCCUGAUGUAGCCUUGAAAUCCAUCUUCUUUUGGAGAAGGGAGCCGCUACAAGGAGCUGGAAAUUCGGCUCUUGGAGCUGGAUGGGCACCCUUUAAUGGCUCGGAUGGUACUGCAUUGCUUGGGGAGCUUGAUGUUGCUUUUCUAUUUGUGUAUGCUAUUGGGAUGUUCUUUUCUGGGCAUGUGGGAGAUAGGAUGGAUCUUAGGAUAUUUCUGACCAUAGGAAUGGUUGGAACCGGUUUGUUUACUGCCCUUUAUGGAGUUGGAUACUGGGCUAGUAUUCACUUGUUCUAUUACUAUUUGAUUGUCCAAAUGCUUGCUGGAUUGUUCCAAUCGACUGGAUGGCCAUCUGUGGUUGCAGUUGUUGGAAAUUGGUUUGGGAAGAAGAAAAGAGGGCUUAUAAUGGGUGUCUGGAAUGCUCAUACUUCUCUUGGUAACAUUACAGGUAGUGUAGUUGCUUCGGUGUUGUUGAAGUAUGGCUGGGGUUGGUCCAUGGUCGUUCCGGGUUUUGGUAUUGUGUUUGUUGGCCUGGUGCUGUUCUUUUUCUUACCAGUUAGCCCUGAUUCUGUUGGAGCUAGUAUUGAUGAUGACGAAGUGUCAUCUCCUAAGAAAGAAGGGGAUGAAUUGGGAGUACCGUUGUUGAGUGCAAGCUCGGAUCAUAGAAAUGCUGUGGGAUUUCUUGAAGCAUGGAGAAUACCUGGUGUUGCUUCCUUCUCCCUUUGCCUUUUCUUUUCCAAAUUGGUGGCCUACACAUUCCUCUACUGGCUCCCCUUUUAUAUUAGUCAUACAGCCAUUGAGGGCAGAUACUUAUCAAAUGAGGAGUCUGGAAACCUGUCUACAUUGUUCGACGUUGGAGGUGUGGUUGGAGGGAUCCUGGCAGGCCACAUCUCGGACCGUUUAGAUGCAAGAGCCAUUACAGCAGCAAGCUUCAUGUACUGUGCCAUACCGGCCCUCUUCUUCUACAGAAACUACGGGCACGUGUCCAUGACUCUGAACAUCGUGCUCAUGCUGAUCACCGGGAUGUUUGUUAACGGGCCAUACGCUCUCAUAACAACUGCUGUGUCCGCUGAUCUGGGAACACACAGCUCGUUGAAGGGAAACUCACGUGCUCUGGCCACGGUCACUGCUAUAAUCGACGGAACAGGGUCAAUCGGGGCUGCUGUCGGGCCAUUGCUGACAGGAUACAUAUCAACCAGUAGCUGGAGUGCCGUUUUCACAAUGCUGAUGGGUGCAGCUCUCGUAGCCGGCCUGCUUCUAACGAAGCUCGUCAUGGCUGAGGUGGCUUCGAAGAUCCAAGGUGCAACGCACGAGGCUCCAAGGCCAACGCCUUUGGAUUUGGAGGUAUGAUCCGAGAAGACCUCCUGCUUCAUUGUGCAUACUAAUCUAGUUGUUGAGGUGUCUUCACCAAUCAAUAUGAAAGAAGGUGGUUAGAAGAGUUUGAGUUUGAAAUCUAGAGACAAGCCUUUGUCUAAGGGCAGAGGUGGUGAUUUUUCUGUAUAUUAUUGUUUGAAUUGAGAUGAUUCAUACCCAUCCCAAGAAAAAAAAGCAAGAGGAAAUUAGUGAUCCUCAAGAAAAUGUAAAUUUUUCCUGUUAUAUGUAUUGUAUGUAAUAUAUAUGAAAAAAGGUUCUUUUAUUUA